AUGGCAACGGGCGUUCCGCGGGCGAGAACGCGAAUGUGCGCUGAGAACGAAGAGAAGGACGGGGCCACCGCGUCAUUCGUCAUUGUCCCACCGUCCAUCACCGUCCGCCGGCCGUGCUUCGCGCGUGCGACUCAGAUCCCUGCAACGUUCCUGACCCAGGGCCCAUCACCCUAUGACGAGCCCGCAGGCCGCAGCCCGUACUACUUAAUAGUGCGCCAAGUCGACAAAGUGUUCGCAGUCACGCAUCACGGGCACCUCGGACCCGCUUACCUCACGCCGGUGCCCGCAGCGUCUGCUGACCGCUGGCCGCCGGCCGCCCCCGUCCCGCGGCAUGUCCGAGGCGCGUGCCGCCGGGCGCUGUCUGUCGGGGCCUUUGCGCCGCAGCCUGCAGCCCGGGAAAGAGUCGAGAAUCGAGAUGCGCGCCGUCGCCCGCGCCCGAGUGCUAGGACGGCUGCUGCUCGCCCGUGCGGUUUUGCCGUGCGCAUGAAGCUCGGGGCCUGGGACUGGAGCCUGGACCGCCGCGCGCGCGCAAUGUUGGCGUUGGACGCCACGCCCACGGGCCACGCUCGACGUGGGGUGGUGUCCCACCCUCAUUUCUCCGCCUAUCGUGGCACCCGGUUCGGGAUCCAGGACCCUCCCCAUCGGCAUCACAUCUCGCGUAGCCCGGGGCUGAUUGGGUUGCAGGUGCGGCCCCAGGUGCGUAUAAACGCGGCCCUGCGCGCGCGACGCGAGGUGCGCCGUCGUCAUGCAGCGUAA